AUGAAUAUCCCCCUCAUCAGUGAUAACUGUGUGGAAUUUGGAGUUUGUGACAGCAACUAUUGUUGGGAGUCUCGCGUGGGCCAGGAGAUGUACAAACUCAUGAUCUUCGAUUUCAUCAUCAUCGGUGCCGUCACUGUCUUUGUGGAGUUCCCUAGGAAACUCAUAGUGGACUACUGUGACUGCGGCCUGGCCAAGUGGUGGGGCCAGCAGGAGUUUGCCAUCCCCCAGAACGUCCUGGAGAUUGUGUACGGCCAGACCAUCUGCUGGAUCGGGACGUUCUACUGCCCCCUGCUGCCCGCCAUCUGCACCAUCAAGUACUUCAUCAUCUUCUACAUCAAAAAGGUAACAUACCUGCGCCCGGCACCGCCGUUCCGAGCCUCCAGCUCCAACUUCUUCUUCCUGGCUGUGCUGCUGAUUGGCCUGGCACUGGCCUGUAUACCUGUCACAGUACAGAUCAGUCGUUCCCAGGCCUGUGGUCCCUUCGUUAACUACACCACAUCCUGGGAGGUGCUCCCCCGGACGGUGUCCAUGCCUGCAGGAGCACGCACGUUCCUCCUGGCCAUCUCCUCUGAGGCCUUCGCGUCUCCCUCUUUCCUGGCCAUGUUUUAUGUCAUUGCUCUAGCUGGAGCGCACAAGCGAGUGAAACAACUGAGGGAACAGCUAGUCAUGGUGAGUAGCUACAGACGGGCGAGCAAGCGUUUCCUGAUCCAGAAGCUGUGUCAGGCCAGAGGACCUGUGCUAUUAGAUCCACAGGUUCGGGAUUCCAGUCCCACUCCUCAGACAGAGUCAGCCCAGCUACCGCUCCAACUCUGGGGUCUCCUGGUCCAGCCACCCCCAGACUCUGCUACUCAUGUCUGA